AUGCCUUCGUUCAAUGGAAAAUUCGAAGAAUGGCUUUCUUUUAAGAACGCGUUUAUUAAUUUAAUCGGGUUGCAAUCCGAUUUAUCGGAUCUAGACAAACUUCACUACUUGACGACCGCAUUGAAAGGCGAGGCGGCCAAUAAAAUCAAGAUUUUUGCGAACGAUAAAAUAGACUAUGCUACUGCAUGGAAUUUUCUAGAACGAUCAUAUGAGGUAAAGCGCAUAUUAAUAGUACGGCAUCUCGCGUCUAUAGUCAACCUUCCGGUGUUAGACAAAGAGAAUACGAGCGGUUUAAUGAAACUCGCGGAUGAUGCUCAACAGCAUCUUGCAGCGUUAAAGUCUUUAGGGGUCACAGUCGGUUCUGAAAUGGUAGUAUAUCUUUUAGAGAGUAAAUUGCCGAGACACACGAUGGACAAGUGGGAAGCGUUAAUUGAGAAAGAUGAAUUUCCCACACUCGAGCAAAUGUGUGAUUUUUUAUAUAGGACCGCGGUUUGCGCGUCGAGACGCGAGAAACCGAGAUUAUGCGAAUCCGAACGAAACAAGGAUACACCCCCGGCGAAAAAGGCACGAGUAUCUCCCUCGAAUCGGGCGUUCGUAGUAAACGCGUCGCGUAACUGCAUCGUAUGCAAGGAUAAGAAACAUCCACUUUAUCUUUGUCAUAAAUUUAAGCAAAUGUCUGUGCCGGAUCGCAUCGAGACGACGCGACUCGGCUGGAUAGUCGCUGGAAAUCCGUCCGCGCUGAACUCUUCGAAAUUCCCGACAUGUCACUUAACGAGCUUAGAACGGCAAUUAACCAAAUUUUGGGAAAUCGAGGAGAUAACGACGGACAAAUCAAUGUCGGAACAAGACGCGCGAUGCGAAGCGUAUUUUUCAGAGGCCGUAUCUCGCGAUAACAACGGGCGUUACGUGGUACGAUUGCCAUUUCGCAAGGAUAACGUGCGUCUGGGCGAUUCACGGGCCCUUGCUCUUAAACGAUUGUUAUCCCUAGAACGAAGAUUCAAUAUAAAUGAAUCAUUUAAAACCGGAUAUGUUAGGGCAAUCGAGGAAUAUAUGGCGCUAGGAUACAUAUCUCGAGUAGAAAAUCCCGGCAGCGACGGCUAUUACAUGCCUCACCACGCGGUGGUAAAGGAAACCAGGCCCACUAUUCAAGACAAGCUGUUCGUGCAUUUGAUUCGUUUCCGUACUUAUAAUUACGUUCUUACAGCCGACAUUGAAAAAAUGUAUUGUCAGGUGCAAUUACACGAAAACGACCGACGCUAUCAAAGAAUACUAUGGCGCGUAAACGAAGAGAUCGAGACCUUUCAAUUUAAUACUCUUGCUUUCGGUGUCGCCUCAUCCCCCUUCUUAGCAAUACGCGCGAUUCACCAAUUAGCAGACGACGAACAUCAUGUCUAUCCUCGAGCUGCGGCAAUUCUCAAGCGGCAUUUAUACGUAGACGAUCUGUUGACAGGCGCGGACACUAUCGAACAAGCGCGAAUGAUUAAAGAUGAAGUGAUCGCGCUAUUGAACCGCGGCGGAUUCGUCAUAAGACAAUGGGCGUCUAACGACGAACGAGUCGUUAAUGAUCUGACUACUAAUGCACUGCACGCGAAUUUCAUAUUGAAUAUCGAUCGUUCCUUAAAAACGUUAAGAAUAACAUGGAAGGCGCGCGAGGACAAGAUAUGCUAUUCGGCACACUCCAUUGAAAUACCGGGAAGACUAACGAAACGGAACAUUCUAUCGAAAAUCGCGAAAAUAUUUGAUCCAAUGGGCUUGCUGGGCCCCGUGGUCUUAUACGCGAAGAAACUAAUGCAGGACGUGUGGAAACGUAAGCUUCAGUGGGACGAAUCCGUCCCGCAGGAUUUACACACCGCAUGGACGGAAUUCGCUCAACAGCUGGCGUCGAUAAAUCAAGUUUCCGUCGAUCGCAGGUUAUUCGCGGAGGGUUACCGUGAUAUUCAGAUACACGGAUUUUGCGAUGCCAGCAAUGUCGGUUACGGGGCCUGUCUUUACGCACGAUCGACAGGGGAAAGCGGAGAAACGACGAUUAAAUUAAUUUGUGCAAAAUCGCGAGUAGCACCGUUAAAAACUAUAACGAUCCCUCGACUAGAGCUGAGUGGCGCAUUGUUACUCGCGCGAUUGUAUAUCGAAGCGAGUGGUGCGCUGAGCAUCAUACCUAGUAGAGUCAUAUUUUGGUGUGAUUCAACAAUCGUAUUACACUGGUUGAAAACGUCACCUCACUUAUUAAAACCCUACGUAGCAAAUCGAGUCGCGGAAAUCCAAGAAAUUACCGGUCCGUGCGAAUGGCGACACGUAGGAUCGCAAGACAAUCCCGCCGACGCAAUCUCUAGAGGGCAAUUACCUCACUGCUUUUUGCAAAAUAAAAUGUGGUUUGAAGGACCUUCGUGGUUGAAUCGAGAAGAAGGAGAAUGGCCGUAUUUAGUGACGCAAUCCAUAGAGGUACCUGAGUUAAAGCGAAGCGCAUCUUACUGUUGUCGAUGGCGGCCCGGUAAUAGACACAUUGGCACACUAAAGACAACAGAAUUAAACGAGGCUGAGACGCGAGUUUUGAAGCUUCUCCAAUCCACGCAAUUUUCAAACGAAAUUAAACUGCUUAGAGAAAAUAAGCAAUUGCCAAGCAACAGCAAAAUUGUCAAGUUGAACCCUUUUUUAGAUAAUGACGGGCUAAUCCGAGUAGGAGGGCGGUUACGAUUGUCACAUUUAACAUUCCCACAAAAACAUCCAGUUUUAUUGCCUAGUCGACAUAAUUUAGUUGAUAGCAUUAUUCGAGAAAUCCACACGAGACAACAUCAUACGGGAAUUCAGACUACGCUAUAUAACCUUAGACAAAAAUUCUGGCUGCUCGACGGUAAAAACCAAGUGCGAAAGGUCGUGCGGGCAUGCACGCGUUGCUUCCGUUUCCGUGCAAGUACAACCGAAUAUAAAAUGGGAAAUCUCCCCACGGUGCGCGUGCGUGAGGCAACACCUUUCGCGAACACGGGCAUAGAUUUCUGCGGUCCUUUCUUCAUUAAGGAAAGGAAACAUCGCAAUAGAACGAAACUUAAGGUAUACGUGUGCGUAUUUAUAUGCAUGACAAUUAAAGCUGUUCAUCUCGAGCUCGUGAGCGAUUUGUCCUCCGAUGGAUUUCUCGCGGCAUUAAGAAGAUUUAUAGCAAGACGAGGGAUGCCGGAACAUCUUUAUUCCGAUAAUGGAACCAAUUUCGUCGGAGCUAACAAUCAAUUGAAAGAAAUGUACGCGCUUUUUAAUUCCGAACCUCAUCAAAUUCUCGUAAAUCAGUUCGCAAGCCAGCAUCGUAUAGUUUGGCAUUUUAUACCGCCCGCCGCGCCACAUUUUGGCGGAUUGUGGGAGUCGACGGUGAAGCUCUUCAAGCAUCACGUCAAACGCGUUGUAGGGGACUCUUUGUUCACCUUUGAAGAGUUAAAUACAUUUAUAACCGAAGUCGAGGGCAUUCUCAACUCUAGGCCAAUUACGACACUUUCUUCUGAUCCGAAUGACCUUUCGGCAUUGACGCCGGCUCACUAUCUUCUCGGCAAGCCAUUAACAGCACUUCCAGAGGGUAACGUUAGCUCUAUUCCAGUAAAUCGAUUGUCUGCAUGGCAACACAUUGCAAAGGUCCGACAAGAUUUUUGGGCCCGUUGGCAUCUGGAAUAUCUUAACGAGCUUCAAAAACGCAGUAAAUGGUUCAAAGACGGACCAAAACUUGAGGCCGGAACAAUUGUACUUAUAAAAAAUAAAGGACUGCCGUGCACACAAUGGGCGCUAGGCAAAAUCACAGCCUUGCAUCCUGGUGACGAUGGAGUCGCACGGGUCGCCACCAUAAAAACGGCAAAUGGAGAAUUAAAACGCUCCACUAGACUGCUCUGUCCAUUGCCAGUCGAAUAA